CAAAUUUGACCCGCCACAGUUUUGAGCGCCGCCCAUCUGAAAAACUCGGGUUAACACAGAAGCCAAAACGCGUACUGUGAAAAGUCCGAGCUUCCACCUCAGAACACACCGUGGAGGCCAGGCGAAGCCGUUUCCGACUGCCACGUCAUCUCCCCCUCUCUUAGUCUUUUUACGGAAGCCACAAAUAUCCGAUUCCUUCCUUCUUCGACACCUUCCUCCCGCUCCCCUCUCUCUCUCUUACACACAGAGAAUCGCUGAAAUCUAGGGCACGAAUAUUCGCCAUUUGAUCUCGGAAAAGCCAUGAAUAUCUUUAGGUUCGCCGGCGAUAUGACGCACUUGGUCAGCAUCCUGGUCCUGCUUCUCAAAAUCUACGCCACCAAGUCGUGCGCAGGGAUUUCGCUUAAGACUCAGGAGCUUUACGCACUGGUGUUUCUGACACGGUACUUGGACUUGUUCACGGACUUUAUCUCCGUCUAUAACACGGUGAUGAAGCUUGUGUUCAUAGGGAGCACUGCAGCGAUCGUUUGUUGCAUGCGGAUGCACCGGGUGGUGAGGCGUUCGUAUGAUAAACAGCUCGAUACAUUUCGCUACCAUUUUCUUAUCGCUGGGAGCUUUGCUUUGGCGCUUCUUGUGAAUGAGAAGUUUACAUUUAAAGAGAUCCUCUGGGCAUUUUCACUAUACUUGGAGGCAGUUGCGAUUCUUCCCCAGUUAGUUUUGCUUCAACGAAGUGGAAAUGUGGACAAUUUAACUGGCCAAUAUGUGUUCUUUCUUGGGGCAUACCGUGCAUUCUACAUCCUUAACUGGAUAUACCGCUACUUCACAGAGACGUAUUUCAGUCGAUGGAUAUCUUGCUUCUCUGGUCUUGUUCAGACAGCUUUAUAUGCAGAUUUCUUUUACUACUACUUUCUUAGCUGGAAAAACAAUGCAAAGCUAAAGUUGCCUGCUUAAACCAAGCAUGGAUUUUUUUUUUUUUUUUAAAUUUGAAGCUUGUUUAAUUGAAUCAUUGUUAGCGUUCGCACAGCACUGUUGGCAAAUCGAACUGUAGGGUGAUAGGAGGAAGAAGGGAUAUGGCUUUCAUAGUUUUGAAUUAUAAUAUGAUAACCCCACAUCGGUGGGUGAAAAAUUAGCAGGUUUUGGGUGGAAACACCCAUCUUACAGGCAAUUUGUAGAUCAGAUGAAGCACUCCGUGUUUGUAUGAGGUGCUAGUUUUUGGGGUGUCUUUUCUUGCCACUGCUUUUGACUUGUAAAGAUUUAUUGGGAGGUCAAAAUUGCAGAGCUAGAGUUGGGCAAUAUUUAUAGCCUUAUAGGUGGAUGUUUGGUGCAGAUAUGGUUAAAUCUUUUUUUCUUGGUA